AUGCACGCGGCCCGCAACUCUUUCGCACGUGGAAGCCGCGAUUCGUCCUCUCUCCGGAUUCACACUACAUACCCUCUAUGUAUACUGGAUGGUCAAAAUUUGCGCAGAGAUCGUGUAGGGUACCAAAGUCCUAAACCCAAAGUUCGCAGCCCCCACCCGCUGGGCAUGCCAAUGCCUUCCCACAAUCCCGCCGUCGCCGAAGGGACCGGAUACGUGGAGAGCACGUCCCGGUUCCAUGGCCUCGACGUCAAUGCUUCCUUCCUUCUGUUCAAUGCUCACGGUACGCUCGUCUUCGCAAUUGCUCUGCUCGGUGCAUCCACCCGCGGAACGGCGCGUGAGUUCCCGCUGAUGGAUCGUCCCCGGGCCUACCUGGCAUGGUGCGGUGUGGAGACCAGUCUGCAAUUGUUGGAUUCGAGUCGUCCACUCACCUCCCUAGGAAACUGCCGCCAGUCCAGUGUAAUUUUUCCCCCCUAG